AUGUCCAAUGCAAAUGCGUGGAGUGAAUUUGAUACCUUGCGACAUUCGGUCAAACUCAACACAGUCGACCGACUGAAGCAAAUCCUUACCGGAUUCAAUGACGAGUGCGGGACGAACCUCACCAAAUCCGGCAAGAAACAGGAGCUAAUUGACCGCAUUACACGAGAGAUGGACAAUUGGAGGGCAACUAAUAACAUUGACAAAUGGAACAAGGGAAAGCUCAUCGUAUCCCAGGUGCGAAACGGCGGAGUGCGAUUUGAGCGCUUAGUUGUGGCUGGCACUGAGUUCAUAUGUCGCCGCAGAUAUAGCCCAGCAAGAAGCAAUGCCGAUUAUUCUUACUCGUCCUCUUCAUCACACAAUGCGUACUCUUCGUCUGUUUCUGGGAGCCACGGAUAUCAAGCUGGCGCGUCUAGUAGCUCAGGUGCUAUCCCUCGAUAUGACCCAUAUGCACCUCCCCGAAGACCAGCUGCGCCGUCCGCGCCGGCACCAGCAGUCCCUCAAGCGCCUAGCAUCCGGUUCAAAUCAUCCCCCUUCUUUCAUAUUGAAAGAGCUGUCUCUGGCGUGGUAGAGUGCCCAGAAUCGACGAGUUCCAUGGAUCGCAGACAGCAGUCACUUGUGUUUGCUAUGAACAACGACAUAUUAUCGAAGAUAAAUUCCACCAGGACCAGUCAAAAGUUUCAACUGCGUUUGUACUGCACAUCGUCGACCUACUACACCCCUUCGGGUGGAUUCCGGAGCACGUCUGGACUCUGUCCAAUUGAAUUCCCCCCUACUUGCGAAGUCAGAGUGAAUGGCGUGGCUUUGACUGCCAACUUGAAGGGCAUGAAGAAGAAGCCUGGCACGGCACCUCCACCGGACCUCGGCAAAUCCCUGCGGCUGACCACUGGUGCCUCGAAUCGAAUAGAAAUGGUCUACGUAAAUAGUCAACAGCCCGUGCAAUCGAAGAAAUUCUACCUCGUGGUCAUGCUGGUUGAGGUAACAACAGUAGACCAGCUGAUAGAUCGUCUGAAGAAAGGUAAAUUUAGGAGCAGUCAGGAUAUUCUCAAUAAGAUGACUCAGGCAGUAUCCGGAGAUGACGACAUUGUCGCAGGACACCAGAAGAUGUCUCUUAAAUGUCCCUUGAGCUAUAUGCGGAUUAGCACCCCAUGUCGUUCUUCACAUUGUGUGCAUUCACAAUGUUUCGACGCCCUAUCCUGGUUUUCUUUGAUGGAGCAAACCACGACGUGGCUGUGUCCAGUCUGUGAGAAGGUUCUCAAUGUGGAGGAUUUGAUCGUCGAUGGAUAUUUCACUGAGAUACUUCAGCAGACGUCGGAAGAGGUAGAAGAUGUUAUUGUCGAGGCGGAUGGGCAAUGGCAUACUGAAGAUAACAAGUUUGGAACGGCAGCGUGGAGGGCGGCGCAUCCUCCUUCGAAGCCAGUGAUACCCGCGCAACAUGCUCCUGUCGCCAAACCACGAACUCCUUCACCUCGAAAACCGACACCAUAUCGCGUGAAUGGCGAAGGCAAGCCACGACCGAGCAAUGAAGAAAUCGUAAUAUUAGAUUCGGACGACGAAGACGAGGGUCGAGUAAAAAGGGAGUUAUCACCGUCAACGGAUAGUCCUGUUCGAGCGGGGGCAUCCAUGUCCCAGUCCAUAACAUCUCAGCCCUCGAGGAGCCGGACGCAAGAUACGGACGUAAUUGACCUGACACUAGAUUCAGAGGACGAAGAGGCGGUCCCACUGACAAGAAAAAGGAAAACAUAUGCGACCGACAUCCCGUCGCCAACGGAGCAGAUCUGGAAGAAAUCGCGGACAGAUGGGAUGUCGUCGUCCCCUGCGUCGAGCAGCGCCAACGCUGGAUAUUCUGGCGGGCCACGGUACGCGGCGUCUUCGUCGCGAUCACUCACGAAUGGACACCCGCCUGUGCAUGCAUCUCCCUCGGACCCUCGGUAUCCGUUCAGCUCGGGCACGCAGCCGUACCCGGGGGGCUAUUACCCUCCCGUAGCGCCAACUGGGCGGAGGCCUUCAACCAAUUCGUAUCCCAGGGUGAAUGGAUCGUCGCCUGAGAGCUGGCGCUCGUAG